AUGCCUUUAGCACUUCCCGAUCUCAAGUCACGCUCGGUGCUCGUCAUCGCCAUGUCACCCAAAAGCCUUGCUGAGCUCACAGCAUCUUAUGAGAAGCCACUAACUGUCGCCAACACCACGACGAUAGAAGAGGGCAUUACAAUGUUUGAUACAGAUGCGCGGAAGAAACUUGAUACCACUUUCAGCCUUUCAGCACCAAACGAAGAUAUCGUCUGUUCCGGUGGACCUGCAGCUAUCGUGGCAUCCCGAGAGCUAGGAUGGCGAGGGAAGGGUUUAUCGCAAAACAGGAAGAUCAAGAUAUGGACAACCCCGUGCGGAAUGUGGUACUACGGUCUCGACGACCAACACUCCUUCUCCCGCCAUCACAGGGUCACACGCCACAACCUCGUUCCUAUGGCCUACGCGAUGGCUAACAAUUUCCUAACGAACAUUUGUCCUCCUGAGAUCCGCCAGUUCGUUCUCGCCUUUGUCGACGCAUUGAUGAGCGAUCUGGCCGAUACAGGUAAUCUCAAGACGCCAAGCUUCAAGGCCCAAGAAAAGUUUCUCAAAAUCUGGAAAGACGAAGGAUCCUUUGACCUUCUAUGGUUCAGCCGCGCAAAAGUUAUGGCAGGCAAGUUGAUGCGGAAAGUAGCGACGCAGUUACUGCCUCCAGAGCUGUAG